AGGCAGGAGGCGCUACAAGACCUUCAUGAUCGACGAGAUCCUCUCCAAGGAGACCUGCGACUACUUCGAGAAACUUUCCCUCUACUCCGUCUGUCCGUCCCUCCUCGUCCGGCCCAAGCCGCUGCACUCCUGCGCCGGCUCCCCUUCUCUGCGGGCAUACCCUCUCAUCUCCGUCAUCACCCGGCAGCCCUCCGUGGUCCCUCACCUCAUCCCUGCUGCCACCAGCUCCCGUGUGCUGUCAGCCCAGACCCCACCAGGCACUGCCAGCUCUGAGGCACCGGCCAGCGAGACCCAUGGCAGCAGUGAGUCAGAGGCAGAGCAGCCCACACCUCGGCUGAAGAAGCCACGCCGGAGCAGGACCAUCUUCACCGAGCUCCAGCUGAUGGGCUUGGAGAAGAAGUUCCAGAAGCAGAAGUAUCUCUCUACACCUGACAGGUUGGACUUAGCCCAGUCGCUGGGGCUGACACAGCUGCAGGUGAAGACGUGGUACCAGAACCGUAGGAUGAAGUGGAAGAAAAUGGUGCUGAAGGGUGGACAGGAAGCUCCAACAAAGCCCAAAGGCCGUCCAAAGAAAAACUCCAUUCCCACCUCGGAAGAGAUAGAAGCAGAAGAGAAAAUGAACAGUCAGGCUCAGAGUCAGGAGCUGGAGGGCACUCAACCCCCCGAGGAGCCUAAACUGACAGAGGAGAAGCCAGAAGUCUCUUUGGAGACAGAGGAACCUCCAGAACAUAUACCAGAGCCCUCCUCAGAGGAGACUACACCAUCAAGUUAAAAGGGGAAGAAAGGAGGGAAA